AUGUACAAGUCAACUGGGUUGUUGCUCUUCACAUUGGCUGCUCUGGCGUGCCCUUCAGCUGCCACUCAAGGUCCCUAUGCACAAUGUGGUGGCAUCGGCUGGACAGGCGGUACAAUCUGUCAAUCAGGCUGGACCUGCGUGGCACAGAACGCUUACUACUCGCAAUGCCUGCAGACAAGCAAUACUGCUUCAGCUGGUAGCAGCUCCGCACCAGCGAAUACGGCAACCAAGCCUGUGUCAGUCUCGAGCGCACCGGUGAAGCCUACGACCACAGCGUCUGCCGUGGCCAAGCCAGUCUCAACAAGCCCUGCAUCCAGUGGUGGCGUUACCUACAAGGCAUCCAUGACACAUUACGGCAGCGGCGACACCUUCGGUUCCCCCAACUGCAACACCAACACUGCCGCCUGCGGUUUCUAUACUUACCCUGGCUUCAGUGCCGCUGUCAGUCAGAACGUAUUCGGCGUUGGUCCCGGUGCUGGGGCCGGCCCGGCCUGCGGUACUUGCUGGAAACUGGUUGGUGAGACCGACUCUUCCGGCAACAAGCUCAGCAAUGCCGGAACCAGCAUCGUCGUCAUGGUCAACAAUCUUUGCCCUGCCAGUGGUAACCCGCUCUGCGCGCAGAACGGCCUAUCCGGGACCAAUCAGUACGGUGCGAACGUCAACUUCGACCUCUGCAGUGACAGUGGUGCUCAAGCAGCGUUUUUCGGUAACAGUGGUGUUGGCCUUGCUCUCGGUUCGGCCACGCAGGUCGACUGCUCGCAAUGGUCCGGUACCGUCGUCCACUGAACGUCGAGCAUACGACGUGUAUUCGGUGCGAUGGUGGCAGGUUUGAGGUGUCUCGGGAGCUUUUCAUCAUUCUCACAUGGCUGGCCGAACCUAGAUGGUUCUGCUGGCAUUUUUCUGGCCAGGAGUGGACAUAAUGGAUACCAGGCCUUGGUUCUUCCUCCUGUUUGUCGUAGUCACGCUAUUUACGAG